UUCAUAGAAUAAUUUUUCUACCGAUGUAGCAUAGUUUUAAGGGUAUCCAAACAGAGCCUAAUUAUACAAGGAGAUGCUGGCCUGAGUGAAAGGCUAGGCAAACUUCGCCUGUCCUCUACCUGCCAAAUGAUCACAACUAGCUAUGAUACUUAUGCAGUGAGUACGUAGUACCCUAUAUUAGUUGGUCUUUAAUUAUUUUCAUGUUGUUCUUGUUAGCUCUUCUUCCAGGAACCGGUUUUGUGGAUUUCUCAGUGCUUAAGAUUUAUGGGUGCCAUCCACGGUCCUUGCCGACUUGACAAGCUGAACAAUGAAAACAACAAUCAACCAGAUCAGGAGGAAAAACAGAAGGCGUACGAGAGAGCAGCCCAAAACCUAACGAUUGCCUCGGUACUUAUCGCUACCGUGACAUUUGCCGCAGCUUUCACCAUGCCGGGAGGUUAUAAAGCUGACGACCACCCAAACGGAGGCACACCAACUCUAGCAGGAAAAUAUGCUUUCAACGCGUUCAUAAUCUCGGACUCCUUAGCAUUUGUUUGCUCCAUCAUGGUCACGUUCUUGCUUACGUAUGUUAGCUCAUUUAGGGCAGAUCCUUCUGUUCGCAUUAAACUCAUCAUCCGCUCCUCCAUUUUCCUAUCCGUGGCCAUAAACUAUAUGAUGGUCGCAUUCGCAAUGUCGGUGUAUGUUGUGCUGGCUCCAGUUAGUACUCCCGUUGCCAUUCUUGUCUUCAUAUUCUCUUUCGCUUUGAUCCCAUUGUCUGCAGGUCCACAAAUAGGACAGCUUUACGGUCUGUUAAGCGCACUAAGGUCCAGACAUGGAUGGUUCGAUCUGAGCUUUGUAAUUUGCUAUUUCAUCUUGGUGACGGUGGUAGAGAGUUUAGUAGUAUAUGGCAGCAUCUUUCUCUUAUCGCUUCUGGCAGGGAUUCAUCAAUCUCAUAAUUCGCAUUAGGUCUUUUUCUUCUCAGUUGUUUGUUGUACUUUUUAUUGGUAUUUGUUUUUGUACUUUUAUUUGAGUGUCCUUGUUUGUGUUUGCUUCAGGGUCCUGGUUAUAUGUUUGGGUCAAUUAUUAAAUAAGCUUGUUCGGAUUAAAAGCCAGCAGGGCUUUUAAAGAGUCUGUGUUAAAAAAUGUGCCUAGCUAGGGCACUCCUUAUUAUAUAUGAUGAGUGAAGUUAUAAGUUUUCUUGUUUAAA